AUGGGAGAUAGGUUGAAGGUGCUUUCACCGCCUGCCAACGGAAGGUGCGUUCACUACGUGCAAGUGCCACCCCUCCGACAUGCUGGCAGAGCUGCUGCAGGGGCGCCUGCCUAUCCGCGUGGAGCUCAAGGGGCUUACCAGAGCGGUGAGAGGGGUUAUCAGAGUGCAUCUGUACCAAAUUCUCAUGUGGCUGUCCGUUCCCCUCCUAUGCAUGUUUCUCCCACCCCUCCCCUCUCCCUUUCCCUCUCCCUCUUCCCGCCACCUGGAUCUGAUCUAUGCUGGUCAUGGUGUUGCAUGCUGUUGCGCAUGGUCAUGGAGGGGGUUCAUCUCGCCUUCACUGAUGCUGCCAUCCAAGGGGCUGCUAUACUGGCCGCAGAGUGUUACAUGCUGCUACUAAUGGCCAUGAAGGGAGUGCACCUCGUAUUCACUGACGCUGCCAUGGCCGCAGAGGUGUGGCAUGCGGUGCUGUGGUGUGGCAUGGGGUGCUGUGGUGUGGCAUGCGGUGCUGUGGUGUGGCAUGAGGUGCUGUGGUGUGGCAUGAGGUGCUGUGGUGUGGCAUGA